AAAUGUACCGGAUUUAAUUAUUUUUUGUGUUGUGCGGAGUGAUACAAAUUGUGACAGGAGCUUGCGCUAACUCUGGAAUCAGCGUAAACAAACGACAUUUAUAGUGAAGCUGCAGCUGCGAUCACAUCCUCGAUCCCUCGUUGUCCAAGGGAGGGUCAGGCGAGCUCACACUUGCUCAGUAAUCCUGUUUCAAGUGGACGGAGUGGUGUAGAUCAGUUUUGGGUUCUUCUGCGUAACCCCAGUAUGCAGCGUUUACACGGUUGUUUUCGUGUUAUUAGCUAAGGAUAAGACAGCUAGCUAACGUUGGCUAAGCGUUAGCGGAUGGUCGAUGCGCGCUGUCGCUUGCAAACUAAUCACUAAGUCAUUUCCACAUAACGUAAAGGCAUACGCACUUUCUACAAAAAUGAACCUAAUGCUUGGGCACGAUCAUCUUUCAUUGGAAAUCGUUCCUGGCUGGGGCCUAUUUGACGGAAAACGUCACUCUUCAUAAAGCUAGGCUAGCAGUUGCUAACUAGCUCGAGUUACUGCUGACUUAUUAAAAAUAUAGUCAACUGUAUGUUUAGUUGUUUACAAAUAAAUGUUUAUGUGAUUCACGACAUGUAACGCAAUAAAAUAUAUUAUUGUGUAGGUUUUUUUAAACGGAAGUGAAAGCCAUCUGCUAACAAGGCCAACGUGUUCUUAUUGGGCCCGCAUAAUUCCUGGACAGAUGUAUUGCUAUUGCGAUUUUACACAGAAAACUUUUGGGGCUAAUUUUGUACAUUCGACCAGUAUUGUGUAAAAGUCGACGGCCUCUGUACCGGAACGCGAUUUUUAUGAUAAUUUUUGGGAAUGUUUUUCAAAAUUUACUAUCACAACAGCUAUUCGGCAAACUGUCAAAGUCCCAGGAAAUAGACGGUACCCGAUCACCCCCAAAGCAACGACGUUUUUCAAGUCGGAUGAUUUUUUUGUUCUAUAAACUCUUGCAUAGUGCAGCUAUUGUGUGUUUUUUUUUUACUUGUACACAUAUUGAAAUAAAUUUUAAUAAAGAACAUAUAAGGAAGCUUGUGGAGUGUAGUAAUUUGGUGUGUUGCACAUUCUUUCCAUACAUAAAGAUUGUUUUACAGCUAUUUUGCUUAUCUGGAGUUGUGUUACUGCACCUUAGAAUAUAGUAACUUUACAACAGUUUUUUUUAAUAAUCAGUUUUGCAUCAGUUAAUGGAGUAAAAGGGUUCUUCAGUUAGUGACCUCAUCCAGCUGCUUACUGGUCUCCCCUAACUGCGUGUAAACACCAGGGAUCCCAUGGAUACAAAAACACAGAGCCACUGUUUCUACUAAUAGAAACAGCCUGAGUUUCAUGGCUGGCAAUAUUUUUUAUUUUUUUUUAAGCUUGAAGUGGUGGAUUCUUUGAGAAGGAGAUGAUGAUUCCAGAUGAAAAGACACCCAAUAGCUGGUGUGUUUGGAUGGGAAAUGCAUGCAGCUUUCCAUAUUCUCAAAUAAGGUAUCAGCCUGAGAGCUGGUCCUGCACAGAUCACAGCCUGUGAGGAUUAGCAGGCAUGACUUAAUCUCUUCCCCUUUCUAGCAUGCUUGCUGCUGCUAUUGAAAGGAGAUGAUAGAUAAGAAACGCAGCGUUCUUUAAAACACACAAGGGUGUUUUAGGUCGAAAUUGGGAAAUGCAGCAGCUGCAAGAAGUAAAACACCUUCACCUAUCCCCACCCUGCCUUCCAAGACUCUUUUGUGUUUGUGGUAUGGUUGGUUUGUGGGCGUGUGUGUUUGAAUCCGGAAAGAUCACGUUUUGCUGCUUCCUCAGACAGAUCAGCUCCACACACAUAACAGGACUUAUUGGAGGUUUCAUUUCAGCUUCUGCAACAAAAACCUGCAGUUUUCUAUCAUGGAGCUCUCCGCCUUUCAAAUUCUUCGCAAACAGGAUGCAGGAGAAGAAUUUGGCACUGCAGAAGUGAUUGUUUCAGAAAGUGGUAAUUACACGGAACCACCGACAGAGGGCGCUGCCGCUCCAUUUACAGGUGGUGCAACAGCAGGAGGAGGAGGAGGGAGCCUCAGCCGCGCGCCCAUUGCGCGCGCGCUCACAAUCUGUCAAGACAUGGAGCGUGGAGCCGGCGAGAGACUUUUGUCUCGCGCUCAUAAGAAGUAACAGGGCGAAUCUACGGGAUCCGCGCGGGAGCCAGGGGCCACCAGGAGCCACAAUGUUCUGCACCACCAAGACUCCGUGCGUCAGCCCCGCAGAGAACUCCAAGAGGACCGCGGACGGUCUGACGGACUCCAUCAGGAGACUCGGGAUUCUGGACAAUGAGGACAUCCACGUGAUGAUGCGGGGCUCCAGCAUGGUGAAGGUUCGCUCUUCCAGCUGGCAGAAGAGCCGCAGCCUGCGGCUGCUGGAGGACGGGCUCACGGUGUGGUGCGAGUCCACCAAGAGUUCCCGCAAAGGCAAAUCUCAGCAGACCUUCGCAGUGACAGAGGUGGAUUGUGUGCGCGAGGGCUGCCAAUCGGACGCGCUCAGACGGCUGUCCGGGUCAAUGCCGGAGAACCAGUGCUUCUCCGUGGUCUUCCGAGGAGAUCGGAAGAGCCUGGACCUGAUGUGCCCCACGGCAGAGGAGGCCCAGCGCUGGGUGCGAGGACUUCGCUUCCUGAAGGAUCGUGUGGCCAGCAUGUCGCAAAAGGAGAAACUGGACCAUUGGAUUCGUAGCUACUUGAAGCAAGCGGACCAGAACCAGGACGGCAACAUGAGCUACGAUGAGGUCAAACGACUUCUCCAGAUGAUCAACAUUGACCUCAGUGAGCAUUACGCCCGCUCUUUGUUCAAGCGCUGUGACAAGUCUGGAGACGACAGACUGGACCACAAAGAGAUCGAGUUGUUCUGCAAGGAGCUGAUGCGACGCCCCGAGCUGGAUGCCAUAUUCAGGCGCUAUUCAAGCAAUGGCUCUGUGCUUUCCACUGCAGAGCUGCGGGAUUUUCUGGGAGAUCAAGGAGAAGACGCCUCUCUGAGUCACGCACAGACUCUCAUAAACACCUAUGAGUUCAACGACUGGGCAAAGAAGAGACUGGCGAUGACUCAAAACGCCUUCACCAUGUACAUGCUGUCUCAGGAGAACGAUAUCCUCAACCCUGAACAUGCAAAAAUCUAUCAGGACAUGACCCGCCCCCUGGCUCAUUACUUCAUCUCCUCGUCGCACAACACAUAUCUGACCAAGGACCAGGUCACCAGCACCAGCAGCACCGAACCGUACAUCAAGGCUCUAAAUCAGGGCUGCCGCUGCGUGGAACUGGACUGCUGGGAUGGAGAUAAAGGAGAACCCGUCAUCUACCACGGUCACACCCUCACCUCCAAAGUCCCCUUCAAACUGGUCAUAGAAACCAUCAACCAGUAUGCUUUCAAGGCGUCUCCGUACCCUCUAGUCCUGUCCUUGGAGAACCACUGUUCUGUGGAGCAGCAGGCGGUCAUGGCCAAACACCUCCGCUCUAUCCUGGGGAGGAAACUGCUCUCAAAGCCUCUGAGUGACCUGCCUAUGACUGAUCUGCCUUCUCCUGAGGACCUUAAAUUUCGUAUUCUGGUGAAAGGAAAGACACACUCGCCUCGCCUGGGUCAGAUGGGCAAAAGCACAAGUUCUGCCAGCUUUGCGUCAAGCUUUGAAGACGAUGAUGCAAGCAGCAACAAAAGCACAUCCAAAAAGGAUCUCACAUAUGUGUCGUCAAAACUGAGCCCGGAGCUGUCAGAACUGGUGGUGUACUGCAAGAGUGUCAACUUCAAGGGCUUUGAGAACAUGCCCAACAUGCUUUCGAAUGAGAUGUCUUCCUUCUCUGAAUGUGAAGCUCUCAAGCACAUCAAAGACUCAGGGAAGCUUUUUGUAAAACUCAACACGAAGUGCCUUAGCCGGAUCUACCCCUCUGGCCAGCGUCUGCAAUCAUCCAACUUUGAUCCUCAGGAUAUGUGGAACAGUGGCUGCCAGAUGGUGGCUCUCAACUUCCAGACACCUGGGGAGCAGAUGGACCUUAAUCAGGGUCGCUUCCUUGUCAACGGUCGCUGUGGAUACGUGCUCAAGCCCAGCUUCUUGUGCAGCCCUACAUGCAACUUUGACCCAGAGAACACAGGCGGAGGGCCCGGCCACACACCCACACAGCUGACUAUACGAGUAUUAACUGCACAACAGUUGCCAAAAGUCAACACAGAGAAGGCGAGUGCCAUUGUGGAUCCACAAGUUUCUGUAGAAAUACAUGGAGUCACUAUUGACAAUGCAAAAAACAAAACCCAUCGCAUCGACAACAAUGGCUUUAACCCACGGUGGGACUGCACUCUCAGCUUCCAGCUUCAGGUCCCUGAACUGGCCCUGGUACGCUUCGUAGUGGAGGACCACGAUCACACUGUCAAAAAUGACUUUGUGGGGCAGUUUACGCUGCCUUUCACCAGCCUACGCACAGGGUAUCGACACAUCCAUCUUCUGAAGGCAGAUGGGUCCAGUCUGUCUCCUGCUACGCUCUUCGUCCAUGUGAAAGUGAGCCACAGAGGGCCUCCUGUGAAAACAGCGUUGGAGCGAAUGGCCAUGGCAAAGAGGAAAGCGUGAAAUACACCUGAAACUGAUGAAAAUCUGCUUUUUUUGCUAUCAAAAGCCUUUGGAAGCAGAAACUCUGAAUGUGAAGACUCCCUCAAACUCAACCCGUCCAACUUCAACUUUUGGUCUAUUCAGGGCCAAAUAUGCAGAAGAUAAGAAGCCUUAAAUACAUGAAUGGGACACUUAAGUGUUUAAACUCACAAAAUCUCCAUCAAAGAAUUAAUAUUUUUAACAUUUUUGUUUGUUUUGACAACAUUUUUAACCAUUUUAUCAAUGCAAAGAUGGAGAAUACCUCAACAGAAACGAAAGGUAAUUUUGCCACAAAAAGAUGUAAUUUCUGUAUUUUUUUAUAUUUUAAUACUAUUGUUUUGUUAUUUUAUUUUUGUGUAACCCAAGUUUAUCAAAAGAUUGACUAAAAUGUACUUAAAUGGUCAUUCUCACUCAAUACUUUGAAUACUUUAGCACUUUAAACUUACCUUUGAAGGACAGAAGGACUGUAUUUAAACCAACAAAUGGCCUUAAUAUAUUGAAAGCAUUCAUGUUUUUCCUCAUCAUUUUAAAUUUUCUGGCCUCAAGUCUUUUAACAAAACAAUUUUUGUCUGAAAAUUGUGCAUUAAGAAGCAACAGCUCCCUUGAUAACUAUGAAAUACUGCAAGCACUGACCACUUCACUGAUGAGACGAUUUAUAGACAGAGAUAGAAAAAGUCAAGCACUGAGUUUGUCAUAAAUACAAUUUAUAUGCUUAAACUGUUUUUGACUGAAAAUGUGACGAUUUGAGAGUUUGCAGUGUUAUGGCUUAUUGCCUGUGUUUAAUCUGAGUUUGUACCAUGUAUCCAAGACAGUGUUUUUGUAAAGCAAUAAUAAUAACACCACAAAAAUUUGUUGUUUUUUUUUUGCUUGCUUGAUACUAAAAUAAUAAUGAGCUGCAAUUUCAGGUUUAAUAAGUUGUUUAUUUACUGUGUCAAAAUUAUUCAUUUUUACAUCCAUUUUAUCCCUUAUGGGGGUCACCGGAGUCUACUGAUGGAUGAAUGCGGGGUACACCGUGGACAGGUCGCAAGUUCGUCGCAGGGCCACAAUCACACACCCAUGCACUUUCACAUUCACACCUAGGGACAAUUUAGAGUCAUCACUUCAGUUAUGAAGCCUAUUUUUAGACUGUGGGAGAAAGCCGGAGUCCCUAUGCACACAUGGUAGAACAUGCAAACUCCACACAGAAAGAAAGGUCCCAGCUGGGACUUGAACCAGGGUCUUCUUCCUGUGAGGCAAGAGUGCUAACCACUGUCCCACUGUGCAAUGUUUUUAUAAGAAUUACUAAUUUAUGUAACAUUUUCAACAUCAAAACCAUUCAAUUUUUUUUUUACAAUCUCUUUGUCCAAACACGAAUGUCGACUUAAAAUAAAUAUAGAACAACUGGAAAUGUUUUUUU